UAUAAAUAAAGCUUUUAAUUAAGUUAUUAUUUUAUUAGUGUUCAUACAAUUCAGUGAAUUCACAACCUUUUCAGUGUAUUUCAAGUGCUGUUGAAUUGAUGUGAAUAGCGAUGUCUACACAACAAGCAGUCGAUCCGGCGUUUAGACUAAUUCCUCAAAAUUCAACAUUUUUCUACAUUUGGAGAAUUGAAAAACUUCAAGUAAUAGCGGUUCCAAAGGAAAGUUAUGGACAAUUUUAUAGCGGAGACUCUUAUAUUGUGAUUUGUGCGACAGAUGGGAAGGAAAGGGGUGACUGUCAACUCGUACCCAAAGAGGUCCGGACGGGCCUUGACAUCAAUAUCCACUUCUGGCUCGGAGAGCAAACAUCUCAAGACGAGGCCGGUAUCGCCGCAUACAAGUCAGUCGAGUUGGACGACUAUCUCGGAGGGACACCAGUCCAACACAGGGAGACUCAAGUUCUCAAAGGGGGGAUUGAAAGCGGUUUCAAUAAAGUCGACAUAUCUUUGAAGCCAAGUCUUUAUCACGUAAAAGGCAAACGAGCGCCUGUAGUGCGAGAGUUGCAAGAAAUCAAUUGGAGUCAACUCAAUGACGGCGACGUCUUUAUUCUGGACGCCUGUAGUUAUGUAUUCGUGUGGACAGGAAGUCAUGCCAACAAUAUGGAGAAGAUUCAGGCCAUUCAAGUGGCACAGAAUCUGAAGGCCGAACACUCGCCCGAUUGUAAGGCCGUUGUAGUCGUUGAGGACAACAACGAAAAGGCGGAACUGAGUGGCGAUGAACGCGAGUUCUUUAACAAAUAUUUGCCUCUAAACCAGAAGAAUGUCUUAAGUCAUACUGAAGUGCCAACCGAUACCAAACUUGAAAUGAAUCAAAGAUCUGAAGUGAUUCUAUACCGGUGUUCAGAUGAGGAUCAGACUCUUAAGGUGGAGAAAGUCAAGAGCGGACCACUCGAGCAAAAGGAUCUCAAUUCAAAUGAUUCAUUUAUUGUGGACAACAAUUUGGGCGGAAUCUGGGUUUGGGUCGGGAAGAAGGCGUCGGCCAAAGAGAGAACGGAAUCGAUGCGAAACGCUCAGGGAUUCAUCACGAAGAAGGGUUACCCCCAACACACACGUGUGACGCGAGUGAUCGAUGGCGGAGAACCCAUUGAGUUCAAGAAUGUGUUUAAAUCGUGGAAAGAUAGCGCCGAAAUCAAAGGCUUAGGCAAUACAUAUAAUGUGGGAAAAAUUGCAAAAGUAAUUCCCCAGAAGUUUGAUCCGACGAUUCUGCACGAGAAUCACGUGUUGGCCGCCGAGACUCAGAUGGUGGACGACGGGAAGGCACAGAAACAGAUAUAUCGGGUCAAAGAGUUUGACUUAAUUGAAGUGCCGAAAGAAGAUUUUGGCAAAUUUUACUCCGGAGACUGUUAUCUCAUUGUCUAUUCCGGAGCGAAGACUACAAUCAUUUACUAUUGGUUGGGAUCUAAAGCAUCGGUCGACGAACGCGGAACCGCUGCCAUGAAAACUGUCGACUUUGACAAUAAUAUGUUUGCGGGUCAAGCGGUUCAGGUGCGUGUGGUCGAGGGGAAAGAGCCAGCUCAUUUUAUGGCCAUGUUUAGCGGCAAGAUGGUUAUUCUUAUGGGAGGGUUUGGCAGUGGAUUCAAUAACAACGGCAAUAAUAACUCGAAUGAACAGCACAUAAGCCUUUUGCAAGUGAGAGGAACCAAUCAAUACAAUACAAAAGCAGUUGAAGUACAUCCGAGCGCAUCGUCUCUUAACUCCAAUGAUGUGUUCGUUUUGUUAACUCAAGAAACAACUUAUCUUUGGGCCGGAAGGGGAAGUCUAGGCGAUGAACGAGAAAUGGCUAAAAGUAUUGCCGAACAUAAGGGAAAUGAAGUGCUGUUAGUAUCUGAAGGACAAGAAAAGAGCGAAUUCUGGGACGCAAUCGGAGGCAAAGAAGAGUACUCUAACGACAAGAGACUACAACUCAGCGAUGAUCCACAUUCUGCUCGACUCUUCCAAUGCAGUAAUGCUUCGGGAAAUUUCUCUAUCGAAGAGAUCCCUAACUUUGAUCAGUCGGACCUCAUUCAAGACGAUGUCAUGAUUUUAGACGCCUGGGAAGCGCUGUUCGUUUGGAUCGGAAACUUAUCGAAUCGGGAGGAAAGAAAGCUGGCUCUGGAAGCGGCCCAACAGUAUCUCAACACUGAUCCGAGUGAGAGAGACGUCGACACUCCCAUUAUUGUGAUCAAACAGGGCUACGAACCCAUCAAUUUUACCGGAUUUUUCGGUGUUUGGGACAUAACUCUCUGGAAUUAUCCGAUUGAGACGUUGAAACAGAAAGACGCGGUUCUUCUGCCCGAAGACGUGGAACCGACCAGAAAAGAGGUGACCCGACAUGAGGUCACUUUCGGUGAUGACUCGGGUUUGGCCACCAAUGCAUGGAUUGUGAAGCCCUGCGAAAGAUAUCGACAACAAUAUAAUGACUGCAAAUCAAUUAAAGCACGAGUUCAUCAAUACUUCAUAUUUGGACAAUCAAUUGAUUGCAAUCAAUGGUCGCAAGACUUCAACGAUUGUCUCAAUUAUAGGAAAACCAAAAAUGUCGAGCAUUUGAAUAAAGUGAUUGACAGCGAAACGAGACGAAGAACUGAGAGAAUGGAUGCCAUGAAAGCGAACGAUGUCUGGGAAUACAGAUCUGAACCGCCGAAUGAUUGGCUGAAACCACUUCCCGAUUGGUUCGUCGAAAGGAAUCGCUUCUCAUAUUUAAGUCGAAAACAGAAAGAAAGAGAAAUGAAUAAUAAAUCUCAAACGAAAAACUAAUUUAAAUACUGUUAGAGAGAGAGAGAGAGAGAGAGAGAG